UCGCACCGGAACGGAAGAAUAAACCCCGAGGCGAGAUCCGAUCUCCAUUCCCUUCCAUCCUGCGCUGCCCCUUUUCGAACCCUCCUCUGAUUCCGGCUCUAGGUUUCGGGCAGGGAUCUGCCGUCGCCUUCGGGAUCCGCGUCCUUGAUGCGAGACGCGGUCCAGCUUUGCCUUCAAAGGAUUAGAUGGUCUAGUUGCUGAUCUGUUCAAGAGCGAUAGAGGAAGAUAUAUAUAUAUUUGAGAUGGGAUCUCGGGUCUCCAAGUUGUGGCCGUGUUGUUGGCGUUCGCAGUUCAAAGGGACGGUUCUUGAAGCUCCGGAUGCAGAGAGUGAGGAGAAGGGCGAGGCUUAUGAUCUGCCCUCCUUCCAGGAAUUUUCCUUUGAGCAGCUCCGGCUGGCCACGUCCGGCUUCGCCGUGGAGAACAUCGUCUCGGAACAUGGGGAGAAGGCGCCGAAUGUGGUUUACAAGGGGAAGCUGGAUGCUCAGAGAAGAAUUGCUGUGAAGAGAUUUAACAGAUCCGCGUGGCCCGAUCCCCGCCAAUUUUUGGAAGAAGCAAGGGCUGUUGGUCAGCUUCGAAACCAUAGAUUGGCAAAUUUGCUUGGCUGCUGUUACGAAGGUGAAGAGAGGCUGCUUGUAGCUGAAUAUAUGCCCAAUGAGACACUUGCAAAACACCUUUUCCACUGGGAAUCACAGCCAAUGAAAUGGCCUAUGCGACUAAGAGUAGUUCUCUAUCUAGCUGAGGCCUUGGAAUAUUGCACCAGUAAGGGUCGUGCUCUCUAUCAUGAUCUGAAUGCCUAUAGAGUUUUAUUUGAUGAAGACUGUAAUCCCAGACUUUCAUGUUUUGGUCUCAUGAAGAACAGUCGAGAUGGAAAAAGUUAUAGCACUAAUUUGGCAUUUACACCUCCUGAAUAUUUAAGAACUGGAAGAGUUACACCAGAAAGUGUCAUAUAUAGCUUUGGAACAUUGCUUCUUGAUGUUCUAAGCGGAAAGCACAUUCCUCCUAGCCAUGCCCUUGACUUGAUACGAGAUCGUAAUUUCAAUAUGCUGACAGACUCAUGUUUGGAAGGUCAAUUUUCGAAUGAAGAUGGGACUGAACUAGUACGCUUAGCUUCAAGGUGUUUACAAUACGAGCAACGUGAACGUCCUAAUGUGAAGUCAAUAGUACUUGCAUUGACUCCACUACAGAGGGAGACUGAAGUCCCUUCUUACGUAUUAAUGGAUAUCCCUCGUGGUGGUGCAUCCUCGAUAGAGUCGCUUUCUCUUUCUCCACUGGGUGAAGCUUGCUCCAGAAUGGAUUUGACUGCAAUACAUGAAAUAUUGGAAACAGUCGGAUACAAAGAUGACGAGGGAACAACGAAUGAGCUAUCAUUUCAAAUGUGGACCAACCAGAUGCAAGAGACACUGAACUCAAAGAAGAAGGGUGACACUGCUUUCCGGCAUAAAGAUUUUAAUACUGCAAUAGAGUGCUACACCCAGUUCAUAGAUGUUGGGACCAUGGUUUCGCCUACGAUUUUUGCACGCCGUUGCCUGUCAUACCUGAUGAAUGACUUGCCACAGCAAGCUCUUAAUGAUGCAGUGCAGGCGCUAGUCAUAUCUCCUACAUGGCCAACAGCACUUUAUCUUCAGGCUGCUGGCCUUUUGGCUCUUGGGAUGGAAAAUGAAGCUCGAGAAGCACUUAAGGAUGGUUCUUUGCUAGAGGCGAAAAAGAACGAGGGGCAUUAGAUGGGGACUAAGUUAGAAUGACCGAAGACUUUAAAUGUUCAAAAUUUCAGAUUUAUUUGCCCCAUAAAAAAGGGAAAAAAGAGAGUUUAUGAUCAUUUUUAAGGACAGCUUAAGAUUUUGGAUGUCAAAGACUGCUUCUGAUAGAAAUAGGCUUGAUUCUUUGAUGGGCUUGCCGUUCUGGAGUUACUGAGUGCAUCGUUUUCCAGUUGGCAGGGGGCUGGAUUAUUACCUUCUGCUGUAGCUGUACUUCACAUCCUGCAAUGUGUAGUGUGCAUGUAUAUAUGGGGAAUCAACCAUAGCAACCCAUGAAAAGUUUCUGGCAAGAUAAAAUGGUAAAAGUUGUGACCCUUCUUGCAAAGCAUGCCAUGUAAAUUGCACGAACCGCUGGUGAACAUGUUGUGUUGUAAAGCAGUUGAAUGAUUUGUUUCGUGUGUGGCUUUAUUUGUGUUUUAUUGUCUUUUAUCAA